AACCGGUGGUCCGCGGACCCCUGGUGGUCCGCGGCGGCAUUGCAUGUGGUCCGUGACAAGAGCCUAUGUUGAUCAGUUCACCAUUGUUUUUUUUUAAUAUAAAUUCGCUUUGAUAUUUCAACACAUUUCCAGAAUACCGUUACAUAUCGUGAAAAAUAUGUUUAAAAUAAUAUAAAGGAAAUUCAAGCUGACAGAAUGUAGCCUUGCGCCUAUCCAGUCUAUGGUAGCCUGUGAUUCGCUAAUGGUAAUGAGUUGCGUCGCUAACCUCACUUAUUAUUCAUUACGUACAGUCUUGCGAGCAAAGUUGACACACAUUUAUAAGCAUAGCCGACGAGAGUAUUUUAAGAUAGGUUGUAGUACAGCAAACAUUUGUUACAUAUGUACUAGUCUAGCUAUAUAUCUAGCACCAAUGGAUCGUUUUGUAGUGAGGAAAGUGCCAGAGGGACAGGCUGCCAUGACAGAGGGUCAGGCUGCCACGACAGAGGGACAGGCCGCCACGAUAGGGCAAGGACAGGCUUCCGAAGCGUCAACUUCGCAAAAAAGACGAAAAAGAAAAUACAAUGAGGAAUAUGUUAAAUAUGGAUUCACAGUGACGACAGACAGAGCAGGAGAGGAGGUACCACUGUGUUUCGUAUGUUCAACAAUUCUCUGUAAUGAAGCUAUGAAGCCGUCGAAACUUACGCGGCAUAUGGAGACGCAUCACGUCCACUUGAAGGCCAAACCCGUUGAGUACAUGCAACAGAUGUUGCGUGAUUUCAAAGGACAGCAGGCUACCAUGAGGAAGAGUGCAAAAAUAAAUGAAAACGCACUGAAAGCAUCGUAUCUGGUCGCUCUCAGGGUUGCAAAAAGUAAGAAGCCCCAUACCAUUGCAGAGCAGCUUAUAUUGCCAGCAGCCAUAGAUAUGUGCAGAGCUAUGGUAGGCGAAGAAUGUGCCAACAAAUUAAAAACUAUUCCGUUGUCAGACAACACAAUCGGAAGACGAAUUGGGGAAAUGGCAAAUGAUGUCAAAGACCAGCUGAUGGCAAAACUUCAGACAGUUCUGUUUUCCCUUCAAAUCGACGAGACGACAGAUGUUACUAAUGAUGCGCAACUGUUAACAUUUGUGCGAUACGAGGACAGUGGCACUAUGUGCGAGGAAUUUCUUUUUUGCAAACCACUGCCCGGGCGAACUACCGGUGUAGAAAUAUUUAAAGCACUGGACGAUUUUUUCACGGAGCACAAUAUCUCGUGGCAGAGGUGCGUUGCAUUAUGCAGCGAUGGGGCCCGAGCCAUGAGUGGCAGCAAGACUGGACUGUGCAUGUAAGGAGGGUGGCUCCGGGGGUAAUUUGGACACACUGCCUGAUUCAUAGAGAGGCUCUCGCCUCCAAAGAUCUCAGUGUUGAGCUCAGUGGUGUGUUUGAUGUUGUUGUCAAGACGGUCAACUUCAUAAAACGAAACGCAUUGAAUACACGCCUGUUUUCAUCCCUAUGCCAUGACUUGGGAAGUGAACACAGCUCUCUCCUUUAUCAUUCAGAGGUGCGUUGGCUGUCUCGCGGCGCUGUGCUCGCCCGUGUGUUUGAACUACGCGGAGCUAUCUACGAGUUCUUGUGCGAGAAGCAUUCUGAUCUGGCUUCCAAUUUCAACGAUAGUUACUGGUUAACUAAGCUGGCGUACCUCACAGAUGUUUUUGCAGAGCUGAACAAGUUGAACAGCUCCAUGCAAGGGAGAGAUGCAAACGUCAUGCAGCUCUACGAGAAGCUCGACGCAUUUGUGAAAAAAAUGUCAAAGUGGAUCGAACGAGUGGAGAGCAAUAACUUGGCGAUGUUUCCUUCAGUUGAGGAAUACCCUGACAGCACUGACAUCAACGACACUAUAUGUGAGCAUUUGAGGAAGCUUGUGCGUCAAUUCGCAAAGUACUUCACUGAUUCGGAAGAGUGGCGCCGUGACAGCAAGUGGAUCCUGCUCCCAUUCAGUGACGAUGCAUCAGUAGGGUCAAGUCUGACGGCUGUGGAAGAGGAUAAGCUGAUUGAGAUGUCCACAGACUCUGUCAGGAGGCAUAUGUACGACACACAGCCCCUUGUUAAAUUCUGGAUAAGUUGCCAGACAGAAUUUCCACAGCUUGCUGCAAAAGCAAUGAGGUGUCUUUUGCCCUUUCCAACCACAUACCUGUGUGAGAGUGGUUUUUCUACACUGGCGUACUUAAAGAAUAAGUACAGGGCUAGGCUUGAUCCAGAGAAUGACAUGAGACUGUCUCUGUCUACCAUUUCGCCACGAAUAGACAGGCUGUGUGGACUUCACCACGCCCAGAUAUCACACUGACAGCAGGUGAUUGGUGACAGGUCUGUCCUGGCUGGGUUAUAAAAGCCCUGACCAGCCAGCAGUUGAGGCUGCCUUGGUCUUCAUUUGUUGGAUUUUGGUUCUCCGGUGUUGUUGGAUUUUUGUUCUCCGUUGUUGUUUUGUCACACACCUAGACUGACUUUGCAUGACAUUUUUAGUUACUUUUCCCAAUACUGAAUUGCACAACACUUUAUUAUUCUUUAUUCUUUCUUUAAAAUAAUCUUUAAUUUAAUUUAAUUUAAUAAAUCUACUUUUAUUAUUAUAAAAUCUGCGUGGCCUCUCUUUCAUGUUUCAUGCAUUGAGCUAUGCAUGUAACACCAAAUACACACGCGCACGCGCAGGCACAUCAGUGGGCCGCGGAUUGCUUUCUAGUCCGAAUGGUGGUCCCUGGGACAAAACCAGUUGAAAA